AUGGCUGCCCUCGUCAAGAACGCCGCGGGAAUGGUAGCCCGCAAUCCCGGGACUGCCGCCGUCGCUGGGGUUGUUACUGUCGGUGCAGUUGCGCUUGCUGCUCCGCUUGCGAUUGCUGCGCCGGUUCUGGCUGCUGUUGGGUUUACUGCUGAGGGCGUUGCUGCUACUUCCAUCGCCGCCGGAAUCCAAGCUGGCAUCGGAAACGUCGUCGGAGGUAGCGUGUUCGCCAUUUGCCAGAGCGCUGCUGCUGGAGGAGCUGGAGCGGCGGCUGUUGCGACGGGUACACAGGUUGUUGGGGGGGUUGCUGCUGCGGGGGCUGCGUUGGGCAAGUUCCUCUGGGGAAGGGGGCGAGAGAGAGAAUGA